AAUGUCCGGUGACGUCAGCGCGUCUGGACGCCAUUAGAUCUGCAGCUGUUUGGAGAGAAACAACAACAACACGAACGAACGAGCCUCGCACGGAACGCGCUCUGGACCGCGGGAGCCCGACGCCUCUUUCCCCUCCCCCGGGCUUCACCGGCUUCUAACCACGGCCGCUCUCGGUGAGGAAACUCUGGCCUCCGCUUCCUCCUCCUCCGACUCGGACACCGGCGGAGCGUCGCCGCCCCCGCGGAAGAAGCACCGAGCCUCGGCGGCGGAGGGAGUAGGAGAGCCCGGGGCUUCAGAGGGCCUUCCGUCAGCGACCCACCUCAGCCGAACCGGCACCAACAUGCAGUCUAACGGGACCGGACAGGAGCAGAACCACCCGGCCAACGCGCAAAACGGAGAUGCCAACGGCCUCCAGAGCAACGCAGGCUCGGCUUCGGGGGCCUCCGGGACUGGUUCGGGUUCCCUGAAGAAGAAGAAGCGUCUGUCUCAGGCGGAGGAAGACGUGAUCCGCCUCAUCGGACAGCAUCUGCACGGCUUGGGGCUGAAUCAGACGGUGGAUUUGUUGAUGCAGGAAUCCGGUUGUAGACUGGAGCAUCCGUCAGCCACUAAAUUCCGGAACCACGUCAUGGAAGGUGAAUGGGACAAGGCUGAAAACGACCUCAACGAGCUGAAAGCAUUGAUGCAUUCACCCAACGCUAUUGUGCGGAUGAAGUUUCUGCUAUUACAGCAGAAGUAUCUGGAGUAUUUGGAGGACGGAAAAGUUCUGGAAGCUCUGCAAGUGUUGAGAGGAGAGUUGACUCCGCUCAAAUACAACACAGAUCGAAUCCACGUGCUCAGCGGGUAUCUGAUGUGCAGUCACCCUGAGGAUCUGAAGGCAAAGGCUGAAUGGGAGGGAAAAGGCGCUGGAUCACGAUGUAGAUUACUGGACAAACUCCAGACGUACUUGCCCCCCUCUGUAAUGUUGCCCCCUCGGCGGCUGCAGACACUGCUCAGACAAGCCGUGGAGAUGCAGAGAGAUCGCUGCCUUUAUCACAACACCAAACUGGACUCCAGUCUGGACUCUGUGUCCUUACUGCUGGAUCACGUCUGCAGCAGGAAACAGUUUCCCUGUUACACGCAGCAGAUCCUCACAGAGCACUGCAAUGAAGUCUGGUUCUGCAAGUUCUCCAACGACGGCACUAAACUCGCCACCGGCUCAAAAGACACAACUGUGAUUAUCUGGCAGGUGGAACCGGACUCUCAUCAGCUGAAGCUUGUGCGGACUCUGGAGGGUCACGCAUAUGGUGUGUCGUAUCUUGCCUGGAGCCCUGAUGAUGUUUACCUGAUCGCCUGCGGUCCUGACGACUGCUCCGAGCUCUGGUUAUGGAACGUUCAGACAGGAGAACUGCGGACAAAGAUGAGUCAGUCUCAUGAGGACAGCCUGACCAGCGUGGCCUGGAACCCUGAUGGAAAGCGCUUUGUUACAGGAGGACAGAGAGGGCAGUUCUACCAGUGUGAUCUUGACGGAAACCUGUUGGAGUCAUGGGAAGGCGUUCGUGUGCAGUGCCUGUGGUGUAUGACCGACGGCCGGACUGUUCUCGCCUCUGAUACGCACCAGAGGAUCCGUGGCUACAGUUUCGAGGACCUAACAGACAGAAACAUAGUUCAGGAGGAUCAUCCUAUAAUGUCUUUCACUGUUUCUAAGAAUGGAAGAUUAGCUUUGUUAAAUGUAGCAACUCAGGGUGUUCAUCUCUGGGACCUACAGGACCGUGUGUUGGUCAGGAAGUAUCAAGGUGUGACACAGGGUUUCUACACCAUUCACUCCUGCUUCGGUGGACACAACGAGGAUUUCAUCGCUAGCGGCAGUGAAGAUCAUAAGGUAUAUAUUUGGCACAAGCGCAGCGAGCUGCCGAUCGUGGAGUUGACGGGACACACGCGCACAGUGAACUGUGUCAGCUGGAACCCCUGUAUUCCCAGUCUUAUGGCCAGCGCUUCUGACGACGGCACAGUCCGUAUCUGGGGACCUGCACCCUUCCUGGACGCACAAGAGCUGGACGGCCUCAAUGAGAGCUGCAGCAGUAUGGACAGUUGAUGGCAGCCCUGGAACAGAUGACUCGUCGCAUUGGAAAAAUGCAAAAUCCAACAGAGAAAAACACAAUUACAGCAUUGUCCUCCUCCACAACGACGCACGAGCGCAAACGCGAAAGAGAUUCAGAGCCUGGCUUUCAAGAGUCCGGAGGCAGCAGAGACCUGACGCUGAUCCGACCCGCUUCCAUACCGACGGAUCUGAUCUCUUUCCCUCUGCGGGAUUCCCGUGGCUGUUCCCAUUAAUUACCCUUUCAUUAGUCCUGAAGACGAGAGCUGGAGCGCCCGGGCGGGUGUAAUAAACUCACACUCAAUGUUCUUCUCUCUCUCUCGCUCCCGAUCCUCCAGCGGCAGAGGACGAAGCACUUUUUUUAAAAAGAAAUACUAGUCCUAGCAAUUCUCUCUUUUGUUCCUUUAGCAGCUGAUCAGCUUGGGCUUUAGUGUUGAUGGAGUGCUGUAGUUUUUCUGUUUUUUUUUUUUUAAUCUUUCAAAACACAAAUGCAUUGGUUUCAACCGGACUCCCAUGCAUCAGUAGGGGUCAAAGGUCGCCGUUUCGACUGAAUUCUGCUUCAGCCUCCCUCCUGUAGCACAGCCGUGUGUUUGUUUGUGUGUGUGUGUGUGUGUGUGUGUGAGAGAGAGAGUGUAUGGGCGUUCAAAUGUGCCUAAAGUUGGUGUACGUUCGCAUGUGGCACUGUUUUUUUUCACACCAGCUCGAGUGUGUCCCUUGUUUAGCCGUACAAAUCAUUUUAACAGAAUCUGACCGAAGCCCCAGAGACCUUCAUCUGUGGAUCAAAAACUUGAGAACCAUUUUUUUUUUUUUUUUUUUGAUUUUUAAAGAAAGCUGUUAGCGAAGUUCCUUGUUUUCACCACUUACCUUAGAGGUGGCGUUCGGGAGAGAGACUUUGUUAUAUUAGUACAAAUUUAAAUUAACUUUGAGGGCGAAACGCACAGCUUUAAACAGAAAGAUACUGUGACACUCAAACUGUCAAUCAGAUUUUCGGCUCCUGAUGAGGAGUUUGUGGCGUAUAAAUGACCUAUGCAGCAACGUUUGAGCUGAGAGCCCCGUAUAAUGUUUCUCGCAGCAGCCAUACCAGCAGUAAAAUAAACCGUCUCUGACCGCACUACAUAUCCACAACAAUUUCAUCCUGUGCGCUAGUUGAGUUAUAUCCACUCAGUCACCUUUCCUGAGCUGUUUACACCAAAUAUCCGGCUUUUCAAUCCCAUUUUUGAAGAGAAAUGUUUGCUAUGGACUGAUAUUAAAUGUUUGAAAAGAAUUGCUUUUCUGCCUGUUUUUAUGGAAGUUUUUGUUACUUUCUUUGGUUUAAAAUUUUUUUUUUUUUCUUUGGUU